AUGUUCACUUUGCGGGCAGCAGUUAUGUGGACUGUGAAUUAUUUCCCAGCAUAUGCAAUGGUUUCUGGGUGGAGCACAAAAGGUUAUAUGGCAUGUCCUGUAUGCAAGGAAGAUGUAACUUCUGGUUGGCACGCUGGAAAAGUUUGUUACCUUGGUCAUCAGAGAUGGUUGCCAUGGGACCAUGAGUGGAGGGAAAAAGAUAAAGAGUUCGACGGGAACACAGAGCGUCGCUUUAGACCUAGAGAAUGGUCUGGUGAUGAGAUAUUGGACCAGCUUCACCGGUUGGAUUUUGCUCCCUUCGGGAAAACAGUUAGUCGUAUAAGACUUUCUACACAUAUGAACUGGACGCACAAGCCUAUGUUUUUUGAGCUCCCAUAUUGGUCGAAACUCAAAUUGAGGCACAAUCUAGAUGUGAUGCAUGUUGAGAAAAAUGUAUUCAACACAUUGGUGGGCAAGAUUCUAGAUAUCGAGGGGAAGACAAAGGACACGAUCAAGGCUCGUCUUGAUUUGGAAAGAAUGGGCAUACGAAGGGGUUUAUGGAUGAAUAGGGACAAUGAUAAAGCUAGAAGGGAUCUUGCAUUCUUUUCUAUGAAACCGAAUGACAAGAAAGAGUUUCUAAAGUUUGUAUCGUCUGUAAAGUUUCCCGAUGGGUAUGCUUCUAAUAUCGCACGUUGUGUGAAUGUUGACGGGGGUAAAUUUACUAGACUUAAGAGCCAUGACUGUCAUGUGUUUAUGCAACGCCUUCUUCCUGUGGGUAUUCGACACCUAUUGCUGGAAGAUGUAGUGAAGCCAAUCAUUUUGUUGUCCAGAUUUUUUUCCCAACUAACGGCAAAAACUUUGCGAAAAACGGACAUGUUUCAGUUGCGCCAUGACAUUGUCCAAGUCCUAUGCAAGUUUGAGAUGAUAUUUCCUCCAGCUUUCUUCACAAGUAUGAUGCACGUGAUGGUUUACUUGCCAGAAGAGGCAUUGCUUGCUGGUCCUGUCAACUAUCGCUGGAUGUAUCCAAUAGAAAGGCUUCUCGGAGAGCUGAAAGUCAACAUCACGGCGAAGCCCGAAGGAUCAAUUGUAGAGGCUUGGGUUCAAUAUGAGUCGCUUACUUUCUGCGGAAUGUAUUUAAAAGAUGUGGAGACGGUUUUCAAUCGUCCUCAGCGCAAUCAUGACGGAGGUAUGAGAAAUGAAAAACUUUCUGUUUUUGCCCAAAGCGCACGACCCUUUGGAGAUCCUAGACGAGGAGAGUCGUUUUCUAGAAAUGACAUGGAGGUAGCGCAUUGGUUCGUACUAAACAAUUGUGAUGAGAUCAUGGGAUACUUAUAUGAGCAUGAAGAGAUGAUGAAGUGA